CAGCGAUGACGAGCAUGGGCAUGGGUAGGAGGAGUGAGGGGAUUUGCAAACUACAUACACAGUACGCAACUAUCUCCCUAGCUAGCCUGUGGUCUGGGCCCGCUGCCCAAGCGGACGGACCAGCGGGAAACGCACGCGAGCACACCCAAAAGCCGUGGCCAGAGCUCGGCGGAGCUUCUCAUGGAAGCCAGCGGCAACCGCGCGCCUUUGGGAAAUCUAUAUCCUCCCCGGCUUGCCUCCCUCUCGCGAACCGGCCUUUUCCUCCAUCCAUUUUCCUGACUCCCUUUAGCACCCUCCAACUCGGCUGGCUGGCCUUGUAGAGAUACUUGCGGCCAACUCCUUUCCUCCCGCGUAUCUCUCCAUUGCCACCUGCCUUCCAACACUUCGGCUUGCACACGCCGAGUACACGCUCUCGCCAUGGCGACGACGACAAAAACCAGCGGUGGCAACAAUGCGUACCAUAACUUCCACAAUGACUUUGCUCACAUCAAGGACGUGAAUGAGCGGAGGCGGCUCGCCCUCGCCGAAGUCGACAGGGCCCCGUUCGGUUGGUACCACGUCCGCGCCAUCGUCGUCGCGGGUGUCGGUUUCUUUACCGAUUCCUACGAUAUCUUCACCGUAUCCCUCCUCACCCUCAUGCUCGGUAUUGUGUACUACCCGGGCGUCGGCCAAAUGCCCACUACCUCCGACACGGCCAUCAAGCUCGCAACCUCGGCCGGCACUGUCAUCGGUCAGCUCGGCUUCGGCGCCCUGGCUGAUAUCGUUGGCCGGAAGCGCAUGUACGGCCUCGAGCUGAUCAUGAUCAUCUUCGCCACGCUCGCUCAGGCUCUGUCGUCCUCGUCUCCCUCGAUGGACAUUAUUGGCGUCAUCAUCUUCUGGCGUGUUCUCAUGGGCAUCGGCAUUGGCGGUGACUAUCCUCUUUCGAGUAUCAUUACCUCCGAGUUCGCCACCACCAAGUGGAGAGGUGCCAUGAUGGGCGCCGUUUUUGCCAUGCAGGGGCUCGGCCAACUCGCCGCCGCUUUUGUUAUGCUGUUCCUCACGCUCGGCUUCAAGUCGUCGCUCGAGACAUCCCCCAAGCUUGCUGACUGCACCGAUGGUUGCGCCCAGGCCGUCGACAAGAUGUGGCGUGUCCUGAUCGGAUUCGGUGCUGUACCCGGCUGCAUUGCCCUCUACUACCGCCUCACCAUCCCCGAGACGCCACGAUACACCUUUGACGUCAAGAUGGACGUCGAAAAGGCCGAGGGCGACGCUGAGGCCUACCUGAAGGGCAAGUCGGGUGCUACUCCAGACGACCUCACUCGCGCCACGACCCAGAAGCAAGCCAAUGAGGAGAUGAAGGCGCAGAAGGCCAGCUGGGCCGACUUCUUCCGCCAUUAUUCCAAGCCCAAGCAUGCUAUGCUCUUGGCUGGAACCGCCCUCUCAUGGUGCUUCCUCGAUAUCGCCUACUACGGCGUCUCGCUCAACAACGCCGUCAUCCUCGAGGUGAUCGGCUACUCGACCAAGAACGCCAGCAACACCUACGAAAUCCUAUACAACACCGCCGUCGGCAACCUCAUCAUCGUGCUCGCGGGCGCGGUACCCGGCUACUGGGUAACGGUCUUCACGGUCGACACGCUGGGGCGCAAGCCGAUCCAGUUCAUGGGCUUCACGAUCCUCACCGUCCUCUUCGUGGUGAUGGGGUUCGCCUACUUCCACAUCCCGCCCAACGGCCUGCUCGCCAUCUUCGUGCUCGCCCAGUUCUUCUUCAACUUCGGCCCCAACGCCACCACCUUCAUCGUGCCCGGCGAGUGCUUCCCCACCCGCUACCGCUCCACCUCCCACGGCAUCUCCGCCGCCUCGGGCAAGAUCGGCAGCAUCAUCGGCCAGGGCGCCAUCGCGCCCCUGCGUACCCGUGGUGCGACACCAGGGAACCCGAAUCCCUGGAUGGAUCAUGUGCUGGAGAUUUAUGCUUUGUUCAUGCUGCUGGGUAUCGGCUCUACCGCUUUAAUUAAGGAGACCAAGCGCAAGACGCUGGAGGAGCUGGCGGGGGAGGAGGACGAGGCGGAUGAGGUGGCUGUCAGCUCCGGUGCGGACGCGAACGCGGGGGCCCUGUCCACGGUUACGGAGAGGGCGAAAGGGGCGCCUGGUGCUGCUGCUUCGGGUGGUAAUGGGGGUGGUGAUGAGAUUAAGCCUCAAUGUGAGGGGGCGAAGUAGAUAAAGUCGGACGUCUGA